AUUCACAAACGACCAAGCCUCAGACAUGGAUCGUCUGGUUUGGUUCUCUCUCCUGCUCAGCUACCUGCCAGUAACAGAGAGCGUAACAAAGGAGGACUGCUUCCCACCGCCAAACAAGACGAUGCGGCGACAAACUGGAACAAAUGCUAUUCUCAAGUGUCCAAUUGAAUCACGUUGUUUCAAAGAUCCACAUUAUGAGUGGUUUGUCUUUAAGGAAAACCUGCAUGUUCAUCUCAAUCUCAGUAGCAACAAGUACAGCUUGGAGGGAUCAUCUUUGAAGAUCAACUCACUUCAAGUGAAUGACAGCGGGAUCUACCACUGUGCCGUGGUGUCGAGUGGAGACCCGGCAUCCGGCGCCCAACACGUAGCGUUGGGUACACCGCUUGUUGUCCGGGAACAAAUUAGAACCAUGAUCAAGUACUUUCUGUGGGUAUCAUUUGCGCUGCUGGCCGUCUACAGCUUGGCACUGGUGACACUAAUCAUAAAGAAGUAUGGCUGCAAAAACGUCUGGAGAAGUGUGAGCAAGACCAAAAAGAAGAAUUCAACUAAAAGGGCUCAGUUCCGUGAUGUGCUGCAAGAAAUGUACAGCAGGAGGAACUUGGACAAAGACAAAAAAGAUGUGCGCAGAAACCGUUCUCAGGCCGAGGCUGCAAACACUGAGGUUGACAACUCAAAUGAGGACAUCUAUCAAAAUGUCUGAGAGUCAUAAAAAGGACUGAGAGGAAAUAAUGCCAUGGAACGCCUGGCAGAGAAGGCCAUCAUGUGACAGAGGAAGCAAGAAAAUCAUCAAGGGCUGCAAGUAGAUUGUAUACCUGCUAACCUGUUCUCGUUAAGGGAGACAAAACAACCACAACAAACACUUUCUCUCCAAUUGUACAGUUUCACCAGUAAUGGCAGAGUUUUACAUGGGGAAGAAAAUCCAGGAUAAUUCAGAAAUCUAAACAGAACACGUGAUUUGAAUCCCUGGAUUUUAUUUAUUCUCUAUUGGUAUGUGAGGUUAACACAUUUGAUAGAAAAUCAUUUACAAUUUUAGAAAUAGAAAGUAGCAUUUGUAAUAUAUAUUUUAAGGAAAAACAUAAUUUGGUUGGGUAUUGAAAGUGGAAAUCAGAUGUGUGCAACUGUGCAAACAAGGCUUUUAGAAGACAAUAUCAUAAUAUUUUUAUAAUAAAAUAUCAAGAAUACGAAACUGUUGACCCACAACUUGACAAAUUCAUAAAUCCCAAACUUUGCCAGUUUGUGUACAAAAACAUUUAAGGAAAAGCACAUUAAUAAAACACAUUUAUAAAAGUAUUUUGAUUACAAGGUGACCAAACAAUGUAAUUACAUUAGAGGCACAUUACUCAUUUUUAUAUUUACAUACGAUUACAGUGGUAAAAAGCAAAAUGUUGAGUUUCUGAUGCUACAGUGGCUUUUGGUGUAAAGAUUAAUCAACUUGAACUCACAAUACGGCAAUAUUUCAACAACCCGUUUGUGAGGCAUCCUGCUGUGUCAUAUUCUGUACAAUAACUUUUAUGCAAAUACCAACAGAACACAUUUAGCAUUUACUUUAUGAAGUCAAAGGGAAUGUUUGGAUGUCAAUGUGCAUUUUCACGCAUCAAAAGCUGUGAUAUGAACUUUUAGAUGUAGACCAUUCACUCAAACAUUAUUUGUUCAGAGUUUUUCCCUUUCUGCCUUCUGUGAUUCAGCGUAAAUGGUGUUGGCAUCUUUUUGGCUUCAAACAUUUACGCUCACCUCAGGUAUUGGUUGUAAUAUACAGCGCCACGCUCUGUAUAAAGCCCAAUAAAUAAAAAAUAAAUAAAUG